AUGGCUAAUUCAUCAGACGAAGAGGCUGAUUCACGCACAGCUCUGGUGGGCGCACCGCGUACUCGAUCGAACCCGCGUUCCACCUCGCGCUCCGCAUCGAACGACAGCACCCGCCCAGCCAAGCGACAACGCCGCAACAGAAAUAAAAAGGAUUCAGAUUUAAAUGACUUUGUGCCAAAAGGUGUUGCAUUCAGUGCUACACCAUUGCCAGUGGAUCCAGACAGUACGUCUAGCUCUGGAUCUAGCUCAGCAUCAAGUGAAGAUUCCGAUUCCGAUGCAGACCCUACUACCGCAAACCCACAUGCUGGCAACACUGCCCCUGCAAUUAGCUGGAAUCAGGGUCGGAAGGCUGCAGUGCGUACAACACUUGGGAAACGACCAGCGCCGGCAAACGAGAAGCCUACUCAAUUUGAAGCGGUGAAUGACAAAUAUUGGCGCAGUCGCAGUGAAUCUGUCGCGUCGACCAACGGCGAAGAAAAGCCCACAGCAAACGACCAAUCUGAACAUGAUAACGAAUUGGAGGAUGGAGAAAUUGAUUCCAAGAGUGACACAGAUGAUUCAGAUUCUCUUGGUUCUGAGGCUGAUGACUCUAUCCUACUGAACAUAGGGGACAAGAUGGAAAUGGAUGGCACUAAUAACUACGAUCCCGCGACCCUGGCUCAUCAGCAUAACUCCAACACUGGAGACUCAAAUAUCAUCAGAGGUGGAUCUACACAGUCGGGAUCUGGGUCGAAAGAGGAGGCGUUCCAGCUUUUCUCAAGCAAGUAUCCAAAUGCGCCCACUGCUUUGGUGGAUCUAAGCCAGACAGACCUCGAGAUCCUGGCCAAUGUGCACACUGCGGUGCUUGGAAUCAACAUCAAAGCAAUACUUGUCCCGACUGGCGACGAUGCCAAAGAUGCCGUGAACGUGGUCACGACGAGCCGCAAUGCACCGCGAAGCUACGCAAUUUCGCAUACGAAGUGCCCUGUGACUACUGUGGCAAUGAGCAUCUGGAAUCCGAAUGUGAUUGCCUAUGGAAGUUCCCAAGCAGAGAUCUCCACUCCAACCAAGUCACAGUGUCAAUCUGCUGUGCGAAUUGUUGCAGGUAUCGACCCAGAUAUGAUCACAAACCUCAACACCGUCGUCCCCCCACGAGAGAGCCGCCCACCAAGCCGAAACCAGUCCCGCGGAAGAGCCAGGGAAUGGUCUCGACCCCCCUCCCCAGACGAAGAUGACAUGAUGUCCCGUGUCUCCCGAGGCCGAGGACGCCCCGUCCCUGCUCCUCGUGGCAAUAUUCGCGGCACUAUCAAGUUCGCAAGCGGAGUCGGAGCUAAGCGUGGCGAUGCACCAUCCAGGGGGCCCUCUCGAGGCCGUUCAACAUUCUCUGGAAACAACAAUCGCUCACGCUCGCCAAACCCACCCCUCCCACGGGGCCCUCCACCCAGGGGUGGUGGCGGUGGCCGAAGCCGUGGACCACAGCGAGGAGGAUUCUCACGUGGACCACGUGGCGGCGGCAGAGGCCGCGGGUGGUAA